AUGAGGACGGCAGCAGCAUCUAUAGCGACGACAACAUGGCUUAUGAUGGCAAUCCUAUUGCUCACGGGAUCAUCAACGAAGGCAGAAGAAGAGGAAGGGCUCAUCGAAAAAACGGUUGUGAAAGUAACAAACGGGCUCAAGGUGCAGCUGACGGCGCAUUGCAAGUCCAAAGACGACGAUCUGGGAGAAAAAGUGUUGACAACGGAUGGGUUUUUCAGCUGGAAGUUCUACCCCAACGUUCUGCCAACAACGUUGUAUUUCUGUUCGUUCGAAUGGGAUGGCAGUGGCGGCAAGAAGUCGUUCAACAUUUAUGUUGAGAGCAGGGAUGAUGAGCGGUGCACUCACUGCCAGUGGACCAUUUACGAGAAAGGACCUUGUUUGUAUGAUGGCGGCACCAAAGUGUAUGACAUUUGUUACCCUUUUGACAGUUAG